AUGGCUCCAAACAACCUCAAAUCCCUCAUUGGGACUCUCAGAAGAAAACCAAAUCGAGCACCAGACGGCAAAACGGACGCCGAAGCAGCACCAGUUCAAAUCUCUGAGAAGACCUCCAUCGGUCAUGACCUCCUCACAAUGGGCGUCAAAAAUGCCGCCACGGUCGCUCAGGCAAUCACUACACUCGCUUCCGGUGAACCAAUGGACGACAAGGAACUCCUCCUUGAGAACGGAGUCGCAAUGCUUCAAUCACUUCCCCUAAACAGCGGUCUAAGCGACAAGAUCUCCAGCGACUUCAUCGCCAUGCUGUACCACGACCUUCCGCAUCCACCUCCCACAAUGGCUGGUCCAACAGCUCGAUAUCGCAAGCACGAUGGAAGUGGCAACAAUCCCUGGGUUCCAGAAAUGGGCAAAGCUGGAUCGCCAUACUCUCGAAGCGUGCCUCCUCUCAAGAACCAGGGGCCAAAUUUGCCAGACCCGGAACUUGUCUACGAUCAGCUUCUGAAGCGUAAUGGUCCAUUUCGUCCUCAUCCGUCAGGGUUGAAUCGUAUGUUCUUCUCGUUUGCGACAAUUGUCAUUCAUGAGUGUUUCCAGACUUCCCGGGAAAAUCCUUGGAUCAAUGAGACGUCUGGUUACGUUGAUCUAAGUACUGUUUACGGCAAUACGGAAGUCGAACAGGAACGAGUCAGAACUUAUGAGAAUGGGACGAUCUUCCCAGAUUCUAUCGCGUCUGAGAGGAUCAUGAUGAUGCCACCGGGAGUCAUUGCUGUCUUGCUUAUGUUCUCGAGAAAUCAUAAUCAUAUUGCCGAGAACCUGUUGACGGUGAAUGAGGAUGGGAAAUACAAGCCGUGGGAUAAACUGGACGAGAAACAAAAGAAAUGGCAAGACGAAGACAUCUUCCAGAUCACACGAAACAUCAACGUCGGAUACUUCGCCUCCGUCGUGCUAAGGGACUAUGUCGCAGCUAUCCUCAACACUCCGCGAUCUAACUCAACUUGGACCCUGGAUCUCGGAAAGGAGAUCAAGCAAUCUGGAAAACGAGUCGAGCGAGGCACCGGCAAUGUCGUGUCAAUUGAGUUCGCCGUUCUUUAUCAUUGGCAUGCCGCCCUCAGCGCUGCGGAUGAUAAAUGGAUGGAACAAAUUCUGAAGAGCACUCUACCAGAUCUCAAAUCUGUCGACGAUAUGACCACUGAGAUGUUCGUGAAAGUCAUGAAGACGAAUGGACACAAACUUAUGUCCAAGCCAGCAAGGGAAUGGACAUUCAGCGGGUUGGAAAGAGGUCCAGAUGGACGAUUUAGUGACCAUGAUCUUGCCGAGAUCAUCAAGAACUGUAUCGAAGAGCCAGCUCACACUUUCGGGGCUCAUGGUACUCCCGCGAGUCUCAAGAUCGUUGAUGUCAUGGGUCAAUUGCAAGCUAGGGAUAUCUUCAAUGUCUGCACGAUGAAUGAAUUCCGCCGAUACCUGAAUCUCAAGCCGUAUAAAAGUUUCGAGGACUGGAAUGAAGACAAGGCUACUGCCAGAGCUGCAGAGCUUCUGUACGGUCAUAUCGACAAUCUUGAGUUGUAUCCUGGUCUCAUGGCUGAAUGCACCAAGCCAGCAAUGGCAGGGAGUGGAGUCUGUCCAGGUCAAACUACAGGACGAGGUAUCCUCGAUGAUGCUGUGGCACUUGUUCGAGGAGAUCGCUUCUUGAGCUACGACUUCAAUAGUAGCACCUUGACAAACUGGGGAUUCGCCAAGCUUGGUCAACCUGUCCCAGGUGCAUAUGGGGGAAUGCUGCCAUACAUGCUAUUCAACGGUCUCCCAGGUGCUUGGACUGGUACCUCAUCCUACGCUCUGCUUCCAUUUUACACGCCAACUGCCGCCAAGGGAAUUUUGAAACAGAACAAAGUCAUCGAUAGGUACGAUCUCGAGCGACCACCGAGUGACAUGGAAGUUAUCGGCAUUCAUACACAUGGAGGGUGUAAGAAAGUCUUCGCGGAUAGAGAGAACUUCCGUGUUAUGUACCAAGCCGCGAUUCGCAACUGCACUGAUGGUCAUGAUUUCAUGAUCGGAUGGGAUGAUGCGAAGAGACAUGACGAUCGAUCAGCAAUUCUUCACAAGGUCAUGUUCGAGGAAAAUUUCGAGGUGAAGAUGUCUCAGUUCUUCAAGAAGAAUGUCGCGAGACUUAUCAAAGACUGCUCAUUGAAGUACUCCAACAGUACCAGACGAUCGAUUGAUAUCGUUCGGGAUGUCACGAACGUCACUCCGAUUCUUUGGUUAGCAGAACGAUUUGCUAUCCCUCUCAAGACAGCGAAAUAUCCACAUGGAAUGGUUUCUGUCCCUGAUGCGUUCAAAGCCUAUCUCGUACUUUUCAUGUACCAGAGCUUCAACAUCAUCCCAGCGAAUGAAUGGGCUUUGAGAGAUGGCGGUAUACAAGCUGGGGAGGCUUUGAGAAAGAUCUUCACUGCUCAUCUCAAGACUCAACAGGGUUUCAAAGAGGGAAUCGUGGAUUGGCUCGCUAAAGGCAGUGCUUUUGAAGUAGGUCCCGAAGCUGACAGAUUGUACCACGCCUUGAAUGACUCCAAGCUACCAAUCGGUGAUCUAGUCGGUGAUUGUAUUGGCAUGGGUGCACCAGUCGCUGGAAACUUGACGCAGCAAGCCUCCCUCCUCAUUGAUCUCUAUCUCAGCGAAGGAUACGAAGAGUACAAAGCUCGCAUCGUAGAGCUCGCUCACAUGGAAGACGAGGCCUCCGAGCGCGAACUGCAGGGUUUCGUCUUCGAGGGCAUGCGUCACGCUGGAGUCGUCCCCGGCCUCCCACGCGUCGCCUCCAAAGACCUCACAUUCAUCGACGGCGCCCGAGGUCCUAUUAGCAUCAAAGCAGGCCAUACAGUCCUCAUCGCGACAUCCAAAGCUGCCAUGGAUCCGCUCCAGUUUCCCAACCCGGAGAAACUCAACCCGCACCGUCCGUUCAAGGAUUACAUCUUGCUUGGUCAUGGGCUGCAUUUCUGCUAUGGUGCGAGGAUGGUGGGAUGUUCUCUUGCUGCGACUUUGAGAGAGGUUUUUAAAUUGAAGAAUUUGAGGAGAGGGCCGGGAAGGCAGGGACAUUUUACGAUUGUGGAGCAUGAGUUUGCGGGUGUGAAGAUGAGGAAGUAUUUGGAUGCUAAUGCGGUUGAAAGUCCGAUUCCGACGACGCUGACUUUAGAGUAUGAUGAGUAG